AUGGCCAGCACUGGCCCCCAUGGAUCCUCACUACCGGGUCCCCUUCAGCAGUCCUCAGUAUCCUCACGGCCCAGCAGAGCACCAAAGACCACUGACCAGGACAUCAGGAGAUCAGAUUGGUUCCAGGAAAGGUCAAGCUGGCAGGACUGUUCUGGACGCACGGAGGAACACAGGUCUGACCAGGAAAGAAUCACUUCUCAGCACUUCCUCAGUGAGCAGGAGAACAAAGAGGAUUCCGUUCGUCACACGUGCACCUCAAGUUCCAAACACUCGGGACUCUCUUCCAGCAGCUCAGAGCUCAGUCAGUACAUCAACGCUGCUGAAAAGCGUCAGCCCGCCACAAAGCCUGUCCAUGCAUCUGAAGCAGGUUUGGGUGCUCCUUUGAAAUACGCUGUCCCUCACGCUGUGGUCAGCAUUGGACCAGCAGGCCAGUUGGUCCGCAUCACUCCAGGCUUUUCCAGCCAGGACUCUGUUUCCCAGCUGGAAAUCCACAGUCUGGAAGUCAUUCUGAGUGAGUCACAGGAACAGAUGGAGAUGAGGAAGUUUCCUGGGCCCUUAAAAAGGGAACAUUUGCACAAAAUAGAUUCCAUUGAAUUUGCCACCCAGAAGGCUGCCACCUGCAGGAAAGACAGCACACUGCAUGACAGUAGCUCUGCUGCCUUCCUGUGGAAUUUCCUCAUAUUGCUCUGCAGACAGAAUGGACAAAUCGUGGGAUGUGACAUUGCUGAGCUGCUGGUGCAGGGGUCACACUGGGAUGGCAAACAGGAGGCAGUUGGCUCCACACUCAUCGACUUCAGUGACAGUCUGCCUCUUGAAGUGCCGCCUGGCAGGACCGAGGACGUGCUGACCGGGAGACGCUCCAGCUGUGACACCUCCAGAGACACCCUGCAGAGAUACACCCAGCUGCUCCUGGCUGGAAGAAAGAAGGAGGCGUUGGAGGCGGCUAUGAGCAGUGACCUUUGGGGACACGCACUUUUUCUGGCCAGUAAAAUGGACAGCAGGUCCUACGCCACAGUACUGAACAGGUUCACAAGCCAGCUCGCCACCACAGAUCCCCUCCAGACGCUCUUCCAGGUGCUUUCUGGGAGAAUUCCUGCUGUCGCCACGUGCUGUGGAAAUGACAAACGUGGAGACUGGAAGCCCCAUCUGGUGGUUCUGCUCUCCAAUGAGACUGUAGAUCCUGCAGUACAGCAGAAGGCCAUCGUCACCAUGGGCGACACGCUAGCCUCCAGAGGCCUCGUACAUGGUGCUCACAUGUGCUACCUGACAGCCGGCGUUCCCUUUGGGCUCUUCACUCAGAAGACGGACAGACUGGUGCUCAUAGGCAGCAGCCACAGGAAGUCUUUUCAGCACUUUGCCAGUAACUCUGCCAUCCAGUGCACAGAGCUGUACGAGUACUGUCAGACACUCAGUGGAAAAUUCUACUCCAUUCCAUCCUUUCAGGUGUAUAAGUUUGUGUAUGCUACUCGGCUGUUGGACUGUGGAUUGUCAGCUCAGGCCUUCCAUUACUGUGAGGUGGUAGGAAAGGCCAUCCUCCAGCAGAUGGCGCCAUCCUUUGUGUUGAUGGGAGAACUUAAGCUGGCAGACCGGCUGAGACACGCUGACGACCACUUCAGUGCAGCAGGGGCCAGCAGGACCCAACAAGACCUCAGCUGGCUGACAGAGCUGCGCAAGAGACACAACAGUUUUCAGAAGCACCCCAGGAUGACCUAAACGGUGAUUACUGCAGAAGCAGGGAGGACGUGGCAGCACUUUUUCCUCAGCUUGAAGGGACUGUGGACGUGGCAGCAUCACGGGACAGCAGACAAGCUCGGGGGUAGCUGUCUUAAAGUUAACUUCCUACACAUGUGACGCCUGUUCUGACCGUCUGCUCUCUUUGUUGCCUGUUUAGGCCGCGGUCCAUUUUAAUGGUCCCUCAGAGCCCAGAGCGGCCGGCAGCCAACACUGCAGUUAUCAUAAUAGAGAAGGUGCUAAUAUCCCAGCUGCCAUGACACAUUGUUACACUAAGUAAGAAGCCAUCUGAUUCAUACCCAAACAUCUGAUUUGUGUGGCUUUCACAGCUGUGGGCAGUCAGCUUCUGUUUCCCUCUCACAUAGCGGAUGGAACGUCCGCUGAUACAGUCAUGGUGAGGACACAGAGAAGGUUGAUUCUGUUUUGUUUUCAUCUGUGUUUUGCUUUUGAAAUGGGCCCAUGUUUCAUUUUUUCU